AGCAUGUGUUACAUACAUUAUUAAGCCAGAGAAAUCAAAAAAGCCAAACUAAAUCAAGUUUAAUUUGUGAAAUUAAUUUGAAGUACUUUAUUAAUAACGAUUACGAAUCUAUUAUAUUCUUAUAUUAUUUAUAGUGAUAACGCGAGUUCAAAGACUUCAAAGUCAUAUCUUUAAAUUAUGUUACGUCGUUAUGAGUAAAAAUCUACAAGUUGUGUAAAAUGAUGUUUAUAAUGCCUUACUGGGGUUUGAAUGGCUUGAUAGUUUUCAUCAUAGUCUUCUACUUUUACAUGACGCGCAAGUUCAAAUAUUGGAAAAAGCGCGGUGUUUCGGAAAUACCACCAAUACCUUUCUUGGGGAGUUUUGUGGAAUGUAUAUUUAUGAAAAAAUCAACAGGACAGCUACUAAAAGAAUUUUAUGACGAAGCAGUAGGGCAACCCUAUGUAGGCUUCUUUGUUUUUGAUAAGCCCUUCUUAUUGAUUCGCGAUCACAAACUCGUCAAGAACAUCCUAGUGAAGGACUUUGAUCAUUUUUCCGAUCGAUAUUUCACGCCGGAUAAGAAGGACCGUCUAGGUUACGCAAAUCUCUUCUUCGUAAAAAAUCCAGUGUGGAAAAUGCUGAGAUUGAAAAUGACACCGUUUUUUACUCCCCGUAAACUGAAGAAGAUGGUAGAUUUGAUAAAGGAAUGCGCCAAGAAUUUAUCCGACUAUUUGGAUUUGCAGAAUUUGGAAGAUAAGGGAAAGAUAAUAGACGUAAAAGAAUUGGCCACCAAAUUUACCACUGAUGUGAUUGGCAGCACCGCUUUCGGACUCGACAUGAACUCUUUCAAGGAUCCGAAUGCCGAGUUUCGGAAACACGGUGUUAUGAUGUUCGACACUGAUCGUAGUUUUGAGUUAAUCGUAAUAUCUUUUAUUCCAAUUUUAUGUCGCUUAACUGGCAUGACGGUGCUCGGCAAACAGACCGAUGCAUUCCUGCGUAAAGUUUUCUGGGAGAUGAUCAUUCAACGCGAAAAAUCCGGCGAAAUAAGAAACGAUCUCCUCGAUAUCCUUAUCGAUUUGAAGAGAAAUCAUGAUGAAAAUAUCAAAGACUUUAAGUUUGAUGGAGACGAUCUACUAGCACAAGCAGCAGUUUUCUUUGCGGCUGCUUAUGAAACUACCGCGACAACAAUAUCUUUCACAUUAUACGAACUCGCAUUACAUCCUGAAAUACAGAACAUAUUAAGGGAAGAAAUUAUUCAGGAACUCGCUAAAUCUGAUGGAAAUAUUACAUACGAAAUGAUCAUGUCCUUAUCGUGUCUUGAUAUGGUGCUCUUUGAAGUUAUGAGAAUAUACCCGCCAAUAGAAUAUCUACAACGUGUCACCACCAAGACUUAUAAAGUGCCGAACUCCGAUCUCGUAAUUGAAAAAGGUACACCGAUUUUCAUUUCCGUACGCGGUUUGCAUUACGAUCCGCAAUACUUUCCCGAUCCGAAUAAAUUCGAUCCGGAGCGAUUCAACGAGGAGAAUAAACGUAACAGACCGUCAUUCGUUCAUCUUCCAUUUGGAGAAGGUCCACAUGGGUGUAUAGGUAUUCGUAUGGCAUUUUUGGAGAUGAAACUAGCAUUAGUAAAGAUCUUGAGCAAAUUUGAAGUGGCACCAUGCGAAAAGACUUUGAUACCUAUGAAACUUGAUCCCACUGCAAUUUUGACAAUGCCAUUAGGAAAAGUAAUAUAUCUCAACAUACGAAAAAUUAACCUCGAAGAAUUAUAAGUAACGUAACUUAAAAAUAACCGAUGAUACUAAUAUAUUACUGUGUAUAUUUUGCAUUUUUACACAUUUUAUAUUUAUAUUUUUUAAACUUUACGCGACCGUACGAUUGUUUUUAAUGUAAGAUAAUGUGCUCUAAGAGUUA